CCGCAUUCCACAAACGUCAAACUGAUCCACUAACUAACCAGCGAUUUUCGCUAACUUUUGCGCAUUACGACAUGCCUGUAUUCCUUUAAAAAUGCUCACCAAAGUGAUCCAACGGGCCCUAAAAUUCCGUUGCAAACGGAGCUACCCGACCAACAUCUACGAGAUUUCCCGCGGCUCUGCCUUCGCGAUUCGUCGGCCUUACAGCGAUGAGGUCAAGAAAGCAAAAGUGCAAAGUGUAGCGACGCCGGGCCCGACGAUAUUCGACAAGAUUUUAUCGCGCGAGAUAAACGCGGAUAUAAUUUAUGAAGAUGAUUUGUGUAUGGCGUUUAAUGAUAUAUCUCCGCAGGCGCCGGUGCAUUUCCUAGUGAUUCCUAAAAGGAGGAUACCGAGGUUGCAGGAUGCGGAAGAAAGCGAUAAAGAGCUCCUCGGGCACCUGAUGUCCGUGGCCCGUGCCCUGGCGACGGCGCGUGCGCCGCUCGGCUGGCGCCUCGUCGUCAACAACGGCCGAGAGGGCGCUCAGAGCGUCUACCAUCUGCAUCUGCAUAUUUUGGGGGGACGGCAGAUGGGCUGGCCACCAGGCUAAGAG